AUGGAGAUUCCACAACUCGGCUUCGGCACAUAUCUUGCUAAUGAUCCAGCAAAGCUCAAAGCAGCACUUCAUUAUGCCAUUGAAGAAUGCGGCGUUAGACAUAUUGAUACUGCUUUUGCCUACUACAAUCAAAAUGUCAUUGGCGAAACACUCAAAGAAAUCUUUGCCAAAGGAAAGAUAAAACGUGAAGAUAUGUUCAUCACAACAAAGUUAUGGUGCACACAUCACAGAAAGGAUCUUGUUGAGCCAGAGUUACAUGAGAACUUGGCUCAAUUGCAGCUUUCUUAUGUUGAUCUCUUCCUCAUUCAUCAACCAAUUGCAUUCAAAUCCUUACCUGCAAAGGAUGGAACAAUGAUGCCAAAGGAUGAGAAGGGAAAGAUCCAGUAUGAACAAAUUGAUAUCCUUGAAACAUAUCAUGCAAUGGAAGAAUGCCAGAAGAAGGGAUUGACAAGGCAUAUUGGUGUUUCUAACUUCUCAAUCGAGCAGCUCGAGAGAAUCUGGUUCAAUUGCGAAAUUAAGCCAUAUGCUAACCAAGUCGAGUGCAAUAUUUACAGACAGUUCAAGCCACUCCUUAGCUACUGUGAGUCCCACAACAUCUACUUAAUGGCUCACACAACAAUUGGCCAUCCACCGCUUAAAGGUCCAUUUGGAACAAGCCUUCUCGAAGAUCCAGUUGUCAAACAAGUUGCUAGCGAAGCAAAGAAGACAAGUGCUCAGAUUUGCCUUAAGUUCUUGCAGCAGAAGUCCAAGAUGUACAUUCUCAUCCCAAUGUCAAUGAAUCCAAAGAAUAUCAAGUCAAAUUAUGAACUUGAUUUCACCUUGACUGAACAACAGAUGAAGAAGCUUGAAGAAUUAGAUAGAUUCUACUCCUUCUAUGAUUAUGCAGACUUCUUUGGAGUUGAUAUCCUUAACCUCGGUACUAACAGAUGGGGUCAGUAA